UGCGGGUUAUUCAGGUUUAUGAACACCCCUACUCACGCGCUCUCUCUCCCCGCCCCUCUUUCUCUGCUCUCUCUGUCGUGCCAUGGCUGGAGAAGACAUUGAUGAUGGCGUGGGAAGCUAGUUGUCGCCGUCGUCAUCCGUCACAGCUUCGUUGAACUCCGGCUUAUCUCUGCGCCGUUCGUCUCAAAUCGAGGACGCCGCGGACCUCAUAUCCUUCGCCUCAGAUCGACGACGCCCCGACCAUCCGGCACCGCUCGUGGAUCUCGCCGAGUUCGAGAUCAAGAGGAUCGACGUUCUGGCCUUUCACCAACUCGAGGCCCCCCUUCGUUCGUGGAUCUCAUCUCGUUCUGACUCUACCAUCCCCUUCGUCUUGUCUCUGGCAGCGAGGUAUCUUCGCGAAGGCGAUCUCAUCAGAACAGAGACGGCCACGAACUCACCGGAUCUCCAGAUCUGGGCCAUUUUUCUAAAGGAAGGAAAAUGAAGAAAGAACGCGAAAUUGAUAAUAUGAACCCUGAUUUUGCAGGGCUUAUCGGCCUCAGACAGUUUCCACAAUAAAUCUCUCUUUUGAUUUCCGAAAAUGGCGAAGCAGCAGCUCUCUCUGGCACAGCCAUGGGUACUCGAAGCGGUUCCUCUGAUGGUGGUCAUCCUUAUAGCAGCUCAUGUUUUCGCUUUGGUGUAUUGGAUAUACAGAUUGGCCACCGAGAAACAGCCACAGAGGAGAAAAGCGCACUGAUGAACCCACUUGCAGGAACGAAACGGGGAGUUUGGUGCAUUACAGAACGCUGGAUUGAUGUCGUUGAUAAUGGUGCAGAGGGGAGGAAAAUCAAAUUCUGUUGGUUGAAUGUAAGCAAAAAAAAAAAAAAAAAAAAAAUCAACUGGAUGGAUUUGAAAUCUAUAGAUUUCAGGAAUUUGUGAAGGCAAAUAUUGGAUAGUAGAUCGUAAUUGGAUUUGUGACUAGAACUGUGUAUUCGUUAUUAUUGAUAAUGUGUUAUUAUACUGCAUUUUGAUCUGGUGCAUUUAGCUAAUUUGAAGUUUUUUGUUAAUU